UGUUCUGGCCCCACAUUAAAAAAAAACUCGACCCCACUGGCUGGAAGAAACAAGGACAGGCAGGCGAGGGGCUGGAGCUGAUCUUUUCACGACUAAUGUAGCGCACGUGACCGUGACUCUUUCAGUCAGGCAAACAUACUCAUGGCUGGAGUCGAUGAUUGGGAGGCAAUAUCUUGAGAAGGAGGGGGGGAAAAAAGCUAGAAACUGUGAAGCUGAAGUUAUUUUGAAAAAGACUUCUCCAACAAAGUAACUGAACUCGCUCGACAUAAAACCUCCUGUACUUGGAGAAGUCGUCCACUCACUCCGUCCGUAUAAGCACUCACAAAGACUCAAACCACUUGAGACUUUCAAACUCCACUAACAGCAAAAUGGCACCUACACCUUGCGUUCGGUGUCAGAACAACCGAGCUGUUGUAAAGCGACCCAAGAACCAUCAUAAGCUAUGCCGGGACUGCUUCAUCAGAGUGUUCGAGGAUGAAGUCCAUCACACAAUCACAUCAUCAGACCUCUUCUUUCGGGGUGAAAGAGUUGCUAUUGGUGCUUCAGGUGGCAAGGAUUCAACAGUGCUGGCAUCUGUAAUGAAAACCUUGAACGAACGACACAACUAUGGACUUGACCUAGUACUUUUGAGUGUCGACGAGGGCAUCAAGGGAUAUCGGGACGAUUCCUUAGAGACAGUCAAGCGAAAUGCUAUUCAAUACGACAUGCCCCUGGAAAUUGUUGGUUACGACGAACUGUACGGAUGGACCAUGGACCAAGUUGUCGAGACUAUCGGAAAGAAGGGAAACUGCACAUAUUGUGGUGUUUUCAGACGACAGGCUCUGGACCGAGGAGCCAAGAAACUGGCCAUUCAGCAUGUCAUCACUGGUCACAACGCUGACGAUGUUGCCGAAACCGUUCUCAUGAAUUUGUUACGAGGCGAUAUGCCACGGUUAUCUCGAAGUACCAGCAUUGUUACCGGAAACGCAAGCAGUGAGGUCAAGAGAAGCAAGCCUCUCAAGUAUGCAUACGAAAAGGAGAUCGUACUUUACGCACAUCACAAGAAGCUGGACUAUUUCAGCACAGAGUGUAUUUACAGCCCCGAGGCUUUCCGAGGAACAGCACGUGGACUUAUCAAGAAUCUGGAGAAGGUACGGCCAAGUGCAAUUCUCGACAUUGUACGAAGUGGAGAGGACAUGGCUCGACUUACACCAGACAAGGGCCAAGCUGCGUGUGGCUGCGACGAAGGCGAGGGACUUGGAGGUUGCGGAUCAGCCAACGGGCGGACUUCUGGUAACGAGAUGGCCCAGGUCGAGGCCAGCCUUAAGAAAAAGCACGAGUCUACAGCUCUCGAGACAGAGAUCACAUCCAAUGGAACACCCAAGGACGACGCAGUUCCCUUACCAAUAAGGACUAAGAAGCAAAAGGAGACACCUGCACCAAAGCAGAAUCUAGGAAAGUGUGUUAAGUGUGGCUACAUGUCGAGUCAGACCAUGUGCCAGGCUUGCACGUUGUUGGAGGGUCUGAAUAAGAAUAGAGCAGAGAUAGCGAUAUAAUGAAUACCCCUGCUGUCAAGACCAAUAUUUCUAUCGUUCCAUUACACCAUGGCUCGA